GCUGGACUGACGAUUAUCAAGAGGAGGACUUCAUAUGCAUUGCAAAUAUGCAGCCUGAGAGGUCUGGAAACUUGUGACGCAAAUCUGGGAAUGGUGGGCGCACCGCAAUACGUAGCCAAGCACGACAAGUUUUUGAGCUGCUCCUGCUAUGUAAUUCGUUUCCCGCGUGCUGGCAAACCGCGUUUUCGCAUGACAGGCAACAGUCCCUUAUUUUCCCAUCCAUGCAUCACAGAUUUAAGAGCCAUGCCAUACCAUACCAUGCCAGACAACCAUGACAAACGUGCAUUUUUCCAGACCCAGACAUAAGUAUUUGCAUUUGAUACUACAGUGACCCGCACGGCGUUACACCGAUUCUUUAUCUCGACCUUGCGGGCCGAUACCAUGGGCCUAACAAUCUUGGCUUCGGUAAGCUUCGCAUAUUCACAAGGCGUGUGCCGCUUUCGAGCGACGACAAGCAGAAGCUAGC